AUGCAUCCAAGGCGGCCGCUUACUCGACUGGACCUGAAUGGUCAUGCGCACAGAGCACCAGCUUCGGAGACGGGUAGUGCGACUCUCUCCGACAGGACAACCGUAGUGGUGAAUAACAAGGAACUCCAUCUCAAAUUCACCGAUCUUGCUUACGUGCGGAAGCUCGGCUCAGGACAGUUCGCAACCGUGUAUCACAUGCAAGUUAAGCGCAAAGAUGAGGUGUAUGACUUUGCGGUGAAGGAAAUCAAGAUUAGUCGAUCAGAGAUGCUGAAUAGUCGCAUCCAUCAGGAGUCUGAAUUCGGUCUGCGUAUGUCUGUGUGCCCCUUCGCUGUCAUCACAUACGGAGUUAUGAGUCGCGGCGACGACGUCCGCAUCCUCAUGGAGGUCAUGGAUUGUUCCGUCAGUAAUCUCUGUUUCAAAAGAGACAUACUUAAACUCGAUAUGCCUGAACAGCAUGUCGCCUUCAUAACAAAGUGCGUGGUGAAGGGUCUCGACUUUCUCCGUCAAUGCGACAUUCAACACAGGGAUGUCAAGCCGACCAACAUGUUAGUCAAUCGCAGUGGCUGUGUUAAGAUAUGUGAUUACGGAGUGGCUCAAAAAAUGGAGGAUGACAUUACAAAAACGAAUGUCGGUACCUACAAAUUCCUGGCGCCGGAGCGGUUAGUGGGAGGAAGGGAGGAGGAGGGGUUUCGAAUUCAAUCAGACGUCUGGUCGUUGGGGAUCAGCGUCUACAACAUUGUGACGUCCUCGAUUCCCUUCCCCGAGAACGCGACUAUAUUCGACUAUCACAGUUACAUCAUGGAGAAAGCUGACGUUAAACUGCCGGUGGAUGGACCGUACUCUCCUGAGCUGCGCACCUUUGUUUCUUCUUGCCUCAGAGUCAACGAAGCCGACCGCCCUGACUACACUGCACUGCUCAAAUUAGACUUUAUAGCAAACAUUAAGAUUAAAGAGCACAGACCCCUGUUCAAGAAGUUUGUGUGUCAAACUCUUGGGGAUUGA